AACGGCCGGAUUUGUUUACACGCGAAUCAAAUAUCUGUUUGCAAUUUUCUGUGGUGAAAUAAAUAGAUAUAAAUAUUUAUAUUCAUAUGUAAUAUAGUAGUUUAAAUGUAAAUUAAUGUUGAAAGUUUUUAUUAUAAAUCAGCGUCCCAAAUAUAUUGUCUUAUAUAAACAAGCUAGUCGAUUAUUCUCAAAAGAGAUGUUCAAAAUUGAGGACAAUCGCCUUGAAACCUUUAGCAACGUAUGUGAUGAAAUCGGUGCUGAACGCAGCUAUAACAACAAGGCACAGUUGCUGAAAGAGUUUUUGGAAAAAGGCACUGAUCGGAAAGGCUUCAAAGGUGAUGUCCUGCUUUGGGUGCAAAUGUUAAUCCCUGGUGCUACUCAGCGAGUUUACAAUUUGCAAAACAAGCAAAUGCUGAAACUAUUCUCAAGGAUAUUCGUAUGUGAACCACAAGACAUGCAACGAGAACUGGAACAAGAUGGAGAUGUUUCUGAAACGCUGAGGAAAUAUUUUGUGUCGUCAAAGAAAUUAAAACCGCAAAAGGAAAGCACGCUUUAUCUUCAAGAAGUCGAGGAAUUCCUAGCGAAAUUAGAACAGCGUUCUAAAGAGGACGAGCAAACUGACUUGCUAAGGCAAAUAUGUAAACAAACCACAGCUUUAGAUCUUAAAAUGAUUAUUCGUCUCAUUAAGCAAGAUUUGCGCAUAAAUGCGGGCGCUCGCCAUAUUCUUGAUGCAUUUGGACCGCUGGCUUACCCUGCCUAUCAAUCUUCUCGCGACUUGGCCGCAGUCGUUAAACAAUUUACUAGCUCAGACAAGCAAAAGAAUUUAAUACUAUCACCGAUUAAAGCAACAAAAAUCGCGGGCAAAAUUGGACUAAUGCAAGUAAUGACUCCAAUUUCACCUAUGCUUGCUAAUGCCUGCAAAUCAGUCGACGAAGCUUUUAAAAAGUGCCCUAACGGUUUGUUUACGGAAAUCAAAUAUGAUGGAGAGCGCGUACAGAUACACAAACGUGGAAAUGAGUUCAAAUUUUUUAGUCGAAAUUUAAAACCUGUUAUGGAUCAUAAAAUUAAACGUUUCCAUGAACUUAUUCCGAAGGCUUUUCCAGGGGGCGGAGAUAUGAUUUUAGAUUCGGAAAUAAUAUUAGUUGAUACAAUAACUGGUAAUUUGCUUCCAUUUGGUACUUUAGGCGCGCAUAAAAAGAAAGAAUUUGCGCAUGCAGAGGUGUGCAUUUUCACAUUUGACUGUCUCCUUUUCAAAGGAGAGGAUUUAACAAAUAUACCCUUUCAAAAACGAAGAAAAAUAUUAGAAGAAAAUAUAAUUCCGAUAAAAUCUUGUGUAGAACUAUCAGAAAGUCAGUUCCUAAAAACGAAAGAUGAAUUAUCUCUUAUGACCGCCAAGGUUUUAAAGGCCAAUCUUGAGGGUGUAGUGUUGAAGAAUCCACUAGGUACUUAUCAACCAGGCAAACGUGGUUGGCUAAAAGUGAAAAAGGACUAUCUUUUUGGUGGAAAAAUGGCAGAUACUGCAGAUCUAGUUGUUUUAGGUGCUUGGUUUGGUUCUGGAAAGAAGGGUGGUACCUUGAGUAUAUUCCUCAUGGGUUGCUACGACAACUCGGAUAGACUCUGGAAGACUGUAACAAAAGUGCAUUCUGGCUUAGAUGAUGCUGAAAAUGAAACAGUACAUGACGAACUUAUGAAUCUAAUGGAACGUGCCGAUUCGAAUAAAUUGCCUUCAUGGUUGCUAUGCAAGAAAGCAUUGGUGCCCGAUUAUAUAGCAAAAGUGCCUAAUAAAAUGCCUGUAUGGGAAAUAACAGGCGCUGAGUUUACUAAAUCAGAAGCUCAUACGGCUGCAGGAAUUUCAAUACGUUUUCCGCGUAUAACAAAGCAACGUAUAGACAAAUCCGCCGAACAAGCAAAUGAUUUACAAUAUUUGCAGAAGCUUUAUGAAGCCUCAAAAAAUGAUGUCAACGUGGAUUUAUUACUAUCAAAUUACGAUGAUAAAGCUAAUAUAAAAAAUGUUAAAAUAGAAGAAAUUGGCUCGAAAAUAAACCUCACACCAAAGAAAAAACCAAAGGUCGAAAACAGCGAAGAUAACCUACCGGGAAGUAGCACAAAACUAAAAAGGAAAAAUCAUGAGUCAGAAAUUCAAACAGAAAUAGAGCCAAAUAACACUAAGAAACGGAAAACGCAGAGUCCUAAAGUGAAAACAGAAAAUAUCCAACUAAAAGUAAAGGUUGAAAAGAAGGAUGUUCAUCAAAGUAAAUUAAAUUUUAAUUCUACUGCCACGAAAGACAAUGAAUUUCACGAUUCCCGGCCAAAAGCAAUCAAAUUAGAUAUUGAAACACCUGAUAAACGUGAUAAAAUAAAGAAGGAGAGUGAAAUAUUUAAGAGUUAUAUUGGAUACUUUGAUGAGGACGUUGUGAGUGAAGAAUUAAAACGAUCGUUUGUUUCAAACGGUGGCAGAUUAACUACUAAUUCCAUGGACGCAAACGUAAUCUUCCAUACAUCAACAAUAGCGCAGAAAGAUCUAAGUGAAUUUAGAUCUCGGUACAAACGAUCGAGCCGACAUAUAAGCGUCGAAUGGCUUAGCGAUUCCAUACGAGAGGGUAAAAGCAUGGGAUACGAAAUUUAUGCUGUUGUACUGCGCUGAUACCGCACACCAACCUAGUCUAAGUUAAAAAUAAAAUAACUCUUUUUUUUUUGUUAAAUUUCAUAAUUUUCAUCUAUUUUUUCAUUAAGCAAUUUAUUUUGUGCUCUAUUGAAUAUUUCCUACUCUUGUUAUAAUUUCACAAAUAUUUACCUAUGUUACGUCGGGAAACUCGGUAUUGUUAUCAUACCGGCAACUAAUGUUACACUACAAAAAUUAUAUUGUAUAUAUUUGUGAUAAGAAUUCCAGUUGAUACACAUGUAUCAAAUAUUCCAACUUCUGGAAUAAAGCUUUUGAGAAAGCUCAGUAAUUGUAAAUAUGCACCAUUCAAUCUCAAUAUUAAAUUAA